AUGCCUGAAGAAGAUGCCUACUCUGAUGACAUCGACUAUCUUGGUGAAGACAAAGAUGCUCUAGAAGCCCUCCUCCCUAUCGCUACUAAGGUGUUCAAAGAGUGGAAUCUGAAUAUUAAUGAAUCAAAGACAGAGUUUGUACACGUCUACAUAGCUGGGAAAGAUGAGGUCAUGGAUGAUGGUAAACUCCUUAGAAUGAAUGAAGAAUGGUGCAGUAGCAAGUUGUUGGGUUCUCUGCUAGAAAGUAGGAAAGAUGUCACCAGAAGAAUCAUGUUAGCCAAUGUAGCAUUCCAGAACUUCAAGAAGGUCUGGUGCCAGAGUAAGAUCCCCCUACAGAAGAAGCUGAAGGUCUAUGAGGCCCAAGUAGUAUCUAUCCUCAUGUAUAACUCUAGUUGCUGGGGAAUGCCUAAAUCGUACUGGGACAAACUAGAUGCAUGUCACCGUAACCACCUCAGAAAGAUCAUGAAUGUCAGCUGGCCACGCAGUAUGAUGUCCAAAGAUACCCUCUACAAACAGAGUAACUCUACCCCUAUGUCUGAGCGUGCUGAGUUAUCUAGGUGGAAGAUGCUAGGACACAUACUGAGGAGCGAUGAAAGAUCACCAGCUCAAGCUGCGCUGUGUUUUGCUGUCGAGAUGUGUAGUGAAGUUGGUAGACUCGGGGCUCACAGACGUAACCUCCUACACCACCUGAAGGUUGACCUCUGGAAGCGUUUCAUCUUGCUGGAGUCGUAUGAUGAUAUUCUCCAUUUGAGAGAACUUGCUAGUGACCGUGGUUAUUGGAGUAAAUUGUUUAACUUUAUACUUGAGUACAAGUCAAUUUGA